AUCUCAUGCCCUUUGGCGUGAGGCACUCAAGGCCGCGACCGCUCUGCUUUCCUCUCGUCUGGGAGCAAAAAGUUGGUGCGCGCUUCGCAAGACACAGCCAAACUGACGAUACAGCAUCUUCCACUUGAGCCUGUGAACAUGGUAGUGCUGAGGUUUUUUCAGUCACCUGCACUGACUGACAGCAAGUUGAACAGUAGGCUGACGGUCCUCAACGACGGUGUUGACGGCUCCCCUGUGGACUCCCUGCAGACUGAAUAUUGUUACUAUGUCCAGCUACAUGGGCAGGACCGUUUCACUGAUGAACAGCAGCAACGCUUAAUGUGGCUGCUUACCCCCGGGUUCAAGAUUAGUCUCCAAACUGAAACGCACCUCGAUGAGAAUGAUGCUAAUUCACUACUGAUUGAAAUCGGUCCCAGGCUCAACUUCUCAACUCCAUCCUCAACACAAUCUGUGGCCAUCUGCCAAACAAUUGGGCUGGAAUGUGUCGACCGUAUAGAGCGGUCCACCCGUUUCCUCGUCAAGCUGAAGGACGGCAAGCCGCCGACUCCUGACGUAGAACAAAAGGUUGUGGACUUGCUUCACGACCGUAUGACCGAAACGCGGUAUGUGACACCAGUGACGACCUUCGAUCUGCCGCCUUCGACGCAGACCUGGGGAGAGGUCAACAUCCUUCUUGAGGGGAGAGCAGCGCUGGAGAAAGUCAGUGCUGAACUGGGUCUCUCAUUCGAUGACUGGGAUCUUGACUUCUAUACCGACCUUUUCAAGAACAAGCUCAAGAGGAAUCCGACCACAGUUGAAUGCUUCGAUCUUGCACAGUCUAACAGUGAACACAGUCGUCAUUGGUUCUUCAAGGGCCGGCUGGUGGUCGAUGGCAAAGAAGUGCCACAGUCACUGUUCAAGUUUAUCACAAACACUCAGGCUACAAGCAAUGAUAACAAUGUGAUAAAAUUUUCUGAUAACAGCAGCGCAAUUAAGGGAUUCAACAUCAAGGUGCUUCUACCUGAAGACACUACUGCUGGUAGUGCAUACUCUGUUGCCGACAAGCUUCGUCACAUCAUUUUCACCGCUGAGACUCACAACUUCCCCACAGGAGUGGCACCCUUCAGCGGAGCCACAACCGGCACAGGAGGCAGGAUCAGGGACGUCCACGCUGCUGGGCGUGGCGCUCACGAAAUAGCCGGUACCGCUGGAUACUGUUUCGGAAACCUCAACAUUCCCGGGUACGAACUUCCAUGGGAGGACAGCAGCUUCGCGUACCCCAACAACUUUGCCCCGCCCGUGGAAGUAGCGGUGGAGGCCAGUAACGGGGCUUCGGACUACGGCAACAAGUUUGGCGAACCGGUCCUUUCUGGGUUUUCUCGUUCGUUCGGGAUGCAACUUCCGAACGGUGAACGGCGGGAGUGGGUCAAGCCCAUCAUGUUUUCUGGAGGCAUCGGCUCCAUCGAUGGCGAUCAGACGAGAAAGCUGGAACCAGAAAAGGGGAUGUUGGUGGUGAAAAUUGGAGGUCCGGUGUACCGUAUUGGUGUGGGCGGUGGAGCAGCAUCUUCCGUCACUGUACAAGGGGAUCAAGAAGCGGAACUGGACUUUGGAGCCGUGCAGAGAGGAGAUGCGGAGAUGGAGCAGAAGCUGCAUCGUCUCGUUCGAGCGUGCAUUGAGCGGGGCGCUCGCAAUCCGAUUCUCAGCAUUCAUGACCAGGGAGCCGGAGGAAAUGGCAACGUCUUGAAAGAGAUUGUUGACCCUUGCGGUGCCGUUCUCUACACUGACCGCUUCCAACUGGGCGAUCCGACCAUCUCUACCCUCGAGCUCUGGGGUGCCGAGUACCAGGAGAGUGACGCCAUUCUCGUGAGAGCCAGGGACCGUGAGACCCUCGAGCGCAUCUCUGAGAGAGAGCGAUGCCCGGUGUCGUUUGUUGGGGAAGUAACUGGAGACGGACGUGUGGUUCUCAAGGAACCCGGAACCAAAGGAAGGGACCCAGUCGACUUGGAGCUCUCCUCGGUCCUCGGAGAUAUGCCUAGAAAGGUCUUCAAGUUGCAAUCUACCACACCCAUACUGUCCCCCCUGACACUCCCGUCUGAUCUGAAAGUUGAAGUCGCGCUGCACAGGGUCCUACGACUGCCAGCAGUCGCAAGCAAAAGGUAUCUCACAAACAAGGUGGAUAGAUGUGUCACAGGACUAGUAGCACAGCAGCAGUGUGUUGGUCCUCUUCACACCCCACUGGCUGAUGUUGCCGUGGUUGCACUCACAUAUUUCAACACUGUUGGGUCUGCUACAGCCAUAGGCGAACAACCCAUAAAAGGACUCCUUAGUGCAGCUGCUGGAGCAAGGAUGUCUGUCGCUGAGGCUGUUACAAAUCUUAUGUUUGCCAAGGUGUCAUCCCUUCAGGACGUGAAGUGCAGUGGCAACUGGAUGUGGGCAGCCAAACUGCCUGGUGAAGGUGCUGCUCUCUAUGAAGCCUGCAGGGCCAUGUGUGACUCCAUGGCUGCCUUGGGUGUGGCUGUUGACGGAGGCAAAGAUUCUCUCAGCAUGGCAGCUCGAGUUGGCCAAGACACUGUCAAGGCUCCUGGGGCCAUUGUUGUUUCCACAUACGCACCCUGUCCUGAUAUCACUCUGACGGUUACGCCCGACCUGAAGUGUCCAAGUGCUGGAAGGAAAGGGGUGUUGCUGUACGUGACUGUGACACCCGGCCAGCACCGUUUGGGCGGGACGGCACUGUCCCAGUGUUUCAAGCAGUUGGGCGAUGAUGUUCCAGACUUGGACGAUCCGGAAAAGCUUCGGACAGCCUUUGCCGUAACUCAAGACCUUAUUCAGCAGGGACUCCUGGUUGCCGGUCAUGACGUCAGUGAUGGCGGCCUGAUUACGUGCGUGCUCGAGAUGGCCUUCGCUGGCAACUGCGGUGUUAGUGUCAACCUUGAAGGGAAGAACGAGAUUGAGGCCCUGUUUCACGAAGAAGUUGGAUGGGUGUUGGAAGUGGAAGAGUCAGAUGCAGGACGUGUUCUGGACUCAUACAAGAAGAGCAAAGUCUCCUGCGUUAACAUUGGGCACAGCAUUGAAUUUGGGCCAAAAGCCACGGUAUCAGUAUCUGUAAACGGCAACCGUGUUCUGCGAAACGAAGUGGGCCAACUGCGUGAUGCUUGGGAAGAGACUAGCUACCAGCUUGAGCUGCGCCAGUGUGACACUUCCUGCGCUGCCGAAGAACGUGAAGGCCUCCUGCGUCGAACUGCCCCUCCUUACAAACUUACUUACAAUCCAGACAUUCCGCCCAGGUGCCCAGUCUCUCAGUUGCGGGUCGCCGUGCUGCGGGAGGAAGGCGUCAACAGUGACCGAGAGAUGGCAGCCUCCUUCUACAUGGCAGGCUUCGAAGUAUGGGACGUCACCAUGAGUGACCUCCUCAAGGGCACAGUCACCUUGGAUGCCUUCCGUGGCCUCGUGUUCCCCGGAGGUUUCAGCUAUGCUGAUGUACUCGGAUCAGCACGUGGCUGGGCAGCGGGUCUUCUUUUCCAUUCAUCUCUUACUGCGCAACUCACCGCAUUCAAGAACAACCCGAAAACUUUCACUUUGGGAAUUUGCAAUGGUUGUCAGCUGAUGGCACUACUUGGAUGGGUGGCCCCAUACACAAACGGCGCGGGUAACGUGGAACCUGGAACACAACUUCUGCACAACAACUCUGGUCGUUUUGAGUGCCGAUUCACUACCGUACGGAUAGACAAGAGCCCUGCCGUCAUGCUCUCCGGCAUGGAAAACUCUGUUUUGGGAGUCUGGGUAGCCCAUGGAGAAGGACGCUUCGAGUUCCGCAACAGCUCGGUCCUAAAAGACGUGGAAUCGAAGCACCUGGUGGGAGUGCGCUACGUGGAUGACAACGGCAACCCCACCACGGAGUACCCCAUCAAUCCCAACGGCAGUCCGCAGGGCAUUGCUGCCCUGUGUUCGGAGGACGGUCGCCACCUGGCCAUGAUGCCUCACCCCGAGCGAUGCUCCAUCCGUUGGCAGCUGCCUUAUUCUCCGCUGUCGUGGAAGAACACCGUUCACAGCUCCCCCUGGGCACGCAUGUUCUACAACGCUUACGAAUGGUGUAAAGAACACUAAAUGCUUGUAAACCACCCCAAGCAGCACAACAUCGUGGCCCAAUAUUGAACCAAUAUUGGCAAUGCUGGACCGAUGUCGGGCCAACAUGAUGUGCUGCUUGGGACCAUGAAAGAAUCUGUGCAGCAAGGAAGUGAGAAUAUAAUGAUAGAGAAUCAUGAAAUAAACUCAUCAGUUUUGCACCUGCA